CAAGAUACGAAGACGUUCAGACGACGCUGCGUCCAGUCGAAAGUGCGGCAAAAACAAAAAAAUAUCAACUCGCAAUUUUCUAAGCAUUUUUCCCAUUAAAAAGUUGAAUAAAAAGUAAGUUAAACGUUUGUUUUUGUGCGACUCAUAGGAGUCGCUUUGGUUUGUCGCCGGAAGAACAAAAGAAAAAGAAAGGAAGAUAAAACGAUUAAUUAUUGAUUGCCGGCGGCAUCGCAUAUCUAAUUAAGAUUUGUGUGCAAAAUAUUGACUGGCUGGCCGAGUGGCGAGAACACCGAUAGUUUGGUAGUGUACAGUUGAUUUGCUUGCUUGCCGUUGAAGAAGAGGGUGUUUUGUUACUUUAGAGUGCGUUUGCAGUUGCUUGAGAAAGGACCUCCAUGAGAGGAAGUUAGCCUUUCCGUUUUUAACAUAGCCCCAAGGACAAGUUGUAAUAAGGAAGUAGCAAAACAUUUCUAUCUACACGCUUUUGAAAAAGCACAGUUCUGUUCUGCUAAAAAAUCGAAUAUCUGCAGUGAAAUUUCUUUCAUUCUCGGAGCAUUCAAAAAUUAGCAUCAGGAUGGAGAAUGGAAGCGGAACUUCUGGCAGCGGUGGCGUGUCCAUUGAAAAAUUGUACCAGAAGAAAUCACAACUGGAACAUAUUCUUUUGAGACCAGAUACCUAUAUUGGAUCUGUGGAACAUACAAAGGAACUAAUGUGGGUCUAUAAUGAAGAAACUAAUCGUAUGGUUCAAAGAGAGAUUUCUUUUGUACCUGGUCUUUAUAAGAUUUUUGACGAAAUCUUGGUCAAUGCUGCCGAUAACAAACAAAGAGAUAAAUCUAUGAGCGCCAUAAAAAUCGAUAUUGAUCCUGAGAAGAAUACCAUUGCUGUGUGGAACAAUGGUCAGGGUAUUCCGGUUACCAUGCACAAAGAUGAGAAAAUGUAUGUGCCCACUAUGAUUUUCGGUCAUCUCUUGACCUCAUCCAAUUACAAUGAUGACGAAAAGAAAGUAACCGGUGGCCGUAAUGGUUACGGUGCCAAAUUGUGUAACAUUUUCUCUACAAUGUUUACCGUAGAGACAUCUUCCAAAGAAUACAAGCGUUCGUUCAAACAAACCUGGGCAGCCAACAUGACCAAAACUACAGAUCCAAAAAUAAAAGAUUUCUCUGGCACUGACUAUACGAAAAUAACAUUCUCUCCUGAUUUGACGAAAUUUAAAAUGGACCGUCUGGAUGAAGACAUUGUGGCCUUGAUGUCUAGAAGGGCUUUCGAUGUGGCGGCUUCGACUAAGGGCAUUGCGGUGUACCUCAAUGGCAAAAAGUUGGCAGUUAAAAAUUUCAAAGAUUAUAUCGAUUUAUAUAUCAAAAGCGAUGACGAUGCCGGUCAGCCCAUUAAAAUUGUCUAUGAGCAAUGCGGCGAGCGUUGGGAAAUAGCUUGCUGUCCCUCCGACAGAGGUUUCCAACAAGUCUCCUUUGUCAAUUCCAUAGCAACCACAAAGGGUGGUCGUCAUGUGGAUCAUGUGGUGGACAAUAUUAUCAAGCAACUGUUGGAAGUGUUGAAGAAGAAAAACAAAGGAGGCAUCAGCAUCAAACCCUUCCAAGUGCGUAAUCACAUGUGGAUUUUUGUCAAUUGUUUGAUUGAGAAUCCAACAUUUGAUUCGCAAACCAAAGAGAAUAUGACGUUACAAGCCAAAAGCUUCGGCUCCAAAUGCGUCAUAACUGAGAAGUUUAUUGGCAUGAUUUCGAAAUCGGGUAUUGUGGAAUCAGUAUUGUCCUGGGCUAAAUUCAAGGCACAAAACGACAUUGCCAAGACUGGAGGUAAAAAGUCAUCUAAGAUCAAGGGCAUACCCAAGUUGGAAGAUGCUAACGAGGCCGGCACUAAAAACUCCUAUAUGUGCACUUUGAUUCUCACUGAGGGAGACUCAGCCAAGUCUUUGGCCGUCUCCGGUCUUGGUGUUAUAGGACGUAAUUUCUAUGGAGUUUUUCCACUACGUGGUAAACUCCUAAAUGUUCGCGAAGCCACAUUCAAACAGUUGGCCGAAAAUGCUGAAAUCAACAAUCUGUGCAAAAUUAUUGGUCUGCAAUAUAAAAAGAAAUACCUUACAAUGGAUGACAUUAAAACCCUACGCUAUGGCAAAGUAAUGAUCAUGACAGAUCAGGAUCAGGAUGGUUCUCACAUCAAGGGUUUGCUGAUCAACUUCAUACACACCAAUUGGCCCGAGCUGCUACGUUUGCCCUUCUUGGAGGAAUUCAUUACACCCAUUGUUAAGGCAACGAAGAAAAAUGAGGAGCUAUCCUUCUACUCUCUGCCAGAGUUUGAAGAAUGGAAGCUAGAUACACCCAACCAUAACACCUACAAUAUCAAAUACUACAAAGGUUUGGGUACCUCCACAUCAAAGGAGGCUAAAGAGUAUUUCCAGGAUAUGGAACGCCACCGUAUUCUUUUCAAGUACGAUGGCAGCAAAGAUGAUGACAGUAUUGUAAUGGCUUUCUCCAAGAAACACAUAGAAUCACGUAAAGAGUGGCUGACAGCUCAUAUGGACGAAGUCAAGAGACGUAAAACUCUUGGCCUGCCUGAACGUUAUUUGUACGCCAAGGGCACAAAGGCGGUAACAUAUACCGAUUUCGUCAACUUGGAAUUGAUUCUUUUCUCAAAUGCCGACAAUGUUCGUUCCAUUCCUUGUUUGGUAGAUGGCUUUAAGCCUGGCCAACGUAAGGUGAUGUUUACCUGCUUCAAGCGUAAUGACAAGCGUGAGGUGAAGGUAGCCCAACUCUCUGGUUCCGUAUCUGAAAUGUCCGCCUACCAUCACGGUGAAGUUUCACUGCAAAUGACAAUUGUUAAUUUGGCCCAAAACUAUGUGGGCUCGAACAAUAUCAACCUGCUGGAGCCCAGAGGUCAGUUCGGUACUAGGUUGACUGGUGGCAAGGAUUGCGCUAGUGCUCGUUACAUCUUUACAAUUAUGUCUCCUUUGGCCCGUAUGAUUUUUCAUCCCUCUGACGAUCCCUUGUUGCAGUACGAAGUCGAUGAUGGUCAAAAAAUUGAACCAGUUUGGUAUAUGCCAAUUAUUCCUAUGGUCUUGGUAAAUGGAGCCGAUGGUAUCGGGACAGGUUGGUCGACCAAAAUUUUUAACCACAACCCCAGAGACAUAAUGAAGAAUAUACGACGACUGUUGGCCAAUGAAGAACCUACUCCAAUGCAUCCAUGGUAUAAAAAUUUCCGCGGUGACAUUGAGUACAUUUCCGACGGCCGUUAUAUUAGUUCUGGUAACAUUCAAAUUAUUCAAGGAGAUAAAAUUGAAAUAUCUGAAUUGCCCGUUGGCACCUGGACGCAAACGUAUAAGGAAAAUGUCUUGGAGCCUUUGUCCAAUGGCUCGGAAAAAGUUAAGGCCAUUAUUUCCGAUUACCGUGAAUACCAUACUGAUACAACCGUGCGAUUUGUCAUAACUCUGGCCCCAGGCGAAUUCGAUCGUCUGAACGAAGAACCUGGCGGUUUCCAUCGCGUAUUCAAAUUAACCUCCUCAAUGUCCACAAAUCAAAUGCAUUGUUUUGAUGAAUUAAAUUGCUUGAGACGCUUUCCAACAUCUUUGGAUAUUUUGAAAGCAUACUAUCCUCUACGUUUGGAAUAUUAUCAGAAACGUAAAGAUUAUUUGGUGGGUAUGUUAACGGCCCAGGCCGACCGCCUUACUGAUCAGGCACGCUUCAUUUUGGAGAAAUGUGAACGCACUUUGGUGGUUGAAAAUAAAAAGCGCAAGGCUAUGAUUGAUGAGUUGAUAAAGCGCGGCUAUCGCCCCGAUCCCGUUAAAGAAUGGCAGCGCCGCAUUAACGUGCAGGAGGAGGAGGAGCCCGAGGAGGAAGAGGAAGCGGGUGAAGAGGAAGGUUCAACAUCAGUUGUUAAGAAGGAGAAAAAGCCCGUAGACGCUGAGAAGGCAUUCCAAAAACUUACCGAUGUCAAGAAGUAUGACUAUUUGUUAGGUAUGUCCAUGUGGAUGUUGACCGAAGAACGUAAAAACGAGUUGUUGAAACAACGCGAUCAGAAAUUGGCUGAAUUGGCCGCUCUCAAAGAGAAAACAAUACAAAUGAUGUGGUUGGACGAUCUCGACGAGUUGGAAAAGAAAAUGGAUGAGGUUGAAGAGAAGGAGCGCCUUGAUGAGCUGGGCAUUAAUAAGAAACAAGCUAAAGCCUUGGCCAAGAAUAAGGCUGCCGCCGCUGCAGCGACGAAGAAGCGUGGAUCCAAUAAAGAAGGUGGAGCGGAUGUUUUCCCUGAUCCUCGCGGCGUCAAGGUUGAGUUCAAACUCACGGAGGAAAUUAUUAAGAAAGCAGCAGCAGCAGCCAGUGUCAACAAGGUAAAGAAGGAGAAAGUAGAGAAAAAGGUUGCUGGUAAUAAAGGUGGCAUAAAGACAGAAGGCGGCGGGGGUGACGAGUUCGAUGAUUUGGUAGAAGCCAAAGCUCCUAAGGCUAAAAAAGAACCGGUAGUCGCAGCACCAAAGAGAGUGCGCAAGAAGAAAGAAGAUGGCGGUGAUGGUCUCAAGCAGACUCAGCUUGGUUUCAAACCCAAAGGCCGUAAGAAGAAGGUCAAUAGCUCUGAUGAAGAUGAUGCUCCUGAUAAUUCCGGCAGCGAUUUGGAUAUACAUGUAGAGCAUGUGGCUCCUCGUGCAGAUCGGCCCGGUCGCAGGGCUGCAGCAAACAAAAUCAACUUCUCCGGUCUGCUCGAUUCCGAGGAAGAGCAAACCAGUGAUGGCGAAGUAGUUUUUAAGGAAAAUGAUGCACUUAAAACCCCCACACAAGCUGUUGUGAAACUAUCGGACGCAGAAAACAGUGACUUUGACAAUUUCCAACCUGAAGAGGACUCACCUGUCAAAAAGAAGAAACCUGCUGUCAAACGGCCACGUAAGAAGGCAAUGUCCAGCCCAGACAGCGACAGUGAAAAGAAGACAAGUAAGAAGAAGAAACGUGUAGUAAACAGUGAUAGCGAUGAUGAUGAUGACUCGGAUUUUGAGGCUUAGACAGAGAGUUUGUGUUUCACUGCUCCUUCUUUAUCUUAUUAAUAAUAAGUAUGUAUGUAGAUGAUGGGAAAUAUUUUUCCAACUUUCACCACACAACAUUCAAACGUUACAUUGUAAGCAUCUCUCCAACCCACACUCACCCCCAACUUACCUUUGUGUAUUCCAUUAUAAUUUGUCCUAAAUGUUCUCUGAUACAUUGUUCUAUUUUUUUUUUAUUUUUUACCCUUUUUAAAUUUUAUUUAAAAACCUUUUAUUUAAUUUUAUUGUUUAAUCUUACAAACAAAACAAAAAUGUACUGUGUAUACUUUAAUUUCGUCCACAUCUUUAUAUCGAAUUGCGAACACUUUCUUCGGUGAUCCUCUCCCCCAAUGGACAAAUGACUCAAAAUUCUUUUACCAUUUAAUAUGUACGCACGCCUGUCUUUGGGCGUGUUAUUGUUUUAAAAAUAUGUAUUUCACAAUCCAGCAAAACAAAAGAAGAAACCUAUUUUAAUUUCUUAUCUCUAUCUUUAGUUUUUGUAAAUAUGCUUUCUUUUUAUAAACUCAACAAUAUUUUUUGUUUAAGCUUACACAGAAAAGAACUUAAAUAUAUUCACAGUAAAAUUAUAUAUGCAAAAUAAAAUAAAAUUUUAAAUAACAUUUAAAAA